UUGGAAAGUUGAGGAACAAGGCAAAAAAGGUGGCAGCUGGUUUGGUGGCCGCCACGUUGGUAGUUUGGUAUAUUAAUGUCGAGUUGAAAUGCCCCAAAAUAGAUUCUUCAUUCUUGAACCGAGAAUUCCUCGUAGCCCAUUAUGCUUCUCUUAACCCAAAAUUAAGCCUCUGUUUUGGAUAACACAUUUUUGGCAAGCUUUGCUUUGUGUUGUUGAGGGAUUGAUGCGGAAAGAGAGAAUCGGAGAUGUUGCAGAGAGCUGCGAACCAUGCGUAUUCAUGGUGGUGGGCCAGCCACAUUCGGACUAAGCAAUCCAAAUGGCUCGAGCAGAGCCUUCAAGACAUGGAAGAGAAGGUACAAGGCAUGCUCCAGCUGAUCGAAGGCGACGGAGACUCGUUCGCGAAGAGGGCUGAGAUGUACUACCGGAGGCGGCCGGAGCUGAUCUGCGCCGUGGAGGAAGCCUACAAGGUCUUCCGCGCUCUGGCCGAUCGCUACGACCUCCUCUCCAAAGACUUCCAAAAUGCCAACCACACAAUCGCUACUGUGUUCCCGGAGCAGGUGCAGUUUGGCAUGGCAGACGACGACGACAUCCCCAAGAUCCCCGACAACUUCGUCAUCCCGGAGAUGAACAUCAACAUGUCCAAGAUCCCUCAAGUCCCCAAGGCUCCUGCCAGGGAUCUCAAAACCAUCAUCUCCAAGGCUUCCAAGCAGUUUCAGGUGAAGAAGCUCAAGGCACAGAGCCGUCAGAAGUCGGUUGUCAAAUCGGGGCUCUCCAAAGAGGAAGCCCUCGAAGAGAUCAACAAGCUGCAGAAAGAGAUCCUCUCCCUGCAGACCGUCAAGGAGUUUGUCAAGAGCUCUUACGAGAGCGGCAUUGCAAAGUAUUGGGGCAUCGAGAGCCAAGUGAUGGAGAUGCAUCAGAAGAUAUCGAGGCUGCAAGAUGAGUUCAAUAUGGACAGUGUGAUCGAGGAUGAGGAGGCUCGUACCCUCAUGGCUGAGGCGGCGCUGAAAUCGUGCCAGGAGACGCUUGCCAUGCUGCAGGAGAAGCAGGAGAAGACUGCUCUUGAGGCUAUGGACGAGUACCAGAGGAUUGAGGCCUCCUGUGAGCGCCUCCGCUCUCUCCGGGAGAAGUACAUGCUCGAAGCACCUGCGGGAGGCGGGGAUUUAUCGCGCAACUUCAGUCAAGACGUGGCUGAGUUGCUGCAGGAGACCAAGGAGCUCGAGGAGCUGCCUGAGAAACUGGAGGAGACCUUAGACACCAGCGCCUUGGCUCAGCUCUCCGUCAGCCAAUUGGCAGACAAGAUUGAUCUGCUAGUCAAUAAGGUCAUCACCUUAGAAACUGCCGUCUCAUCUCAGACUGUUCUUGUCAACACCUUGAGGUCCGAGAAUGAUGACCUAAAUGCGCAGAUCCGGACUUUGGAGGAGGAGAAUGAGAGCCUUGGUGUUGACGCUCACAGCUUGAGCUCCAAGGUCAUUCAAAUGGAGGAGAAGCUCAACAAGGUGCAAGAUUUGAACAAGAACGUCGAGAGCCGCAACACUACUCUUCAAACCAACUUUGCUAAAGCCAAAACGAGCAUUGAUACUCUUGCGGAGAAGCUCAGUAGUGUGAAGGUGGAGGAUGAUCUUGGGGCUUCUUCUGAACUUGAUAAUGUCUCUGCUGAACCCAAUACUACGAGCCCCGACCACCCUUCCGAGAAUGUGAGUGCUCCCAAGGAAGAGGAGGAGCAUACGAGCCCUCAAAAUCCUGCAGAGACACUAGAUGAAGUGGGGGAGGCCUUUGCAGAUGCUGAUGAUCAUCUCUCAACGGAGCUAGGCAGUGUCGAGGCAGGUGGAGAGGAUGAGAGACGGAGCAGUUCAAAGUCGGAUGAGGAGGCGAGAAGUUUGAAGGGAGACCAAGACGUAGAGAAGCUGAGUAGUGCAGAGGGAGAGGGCGGCGCAAAUGAUGAAGCGGUGGAGAAUGGCUCAGAGAGUGGUGUGAAGGAAGAAGAGAAAGAGGUGGUGAUGAAAGAUGUAAGAGAAAUAGGAGAAGAAGAAGAAGAAGGCGCGAAGAGGAGGAUACGGCGCUCCGUCUCAUCCGUGCACGACCAAGAACACCACGUUGAGAGUGGCAUAAGAAAAGCAUCAUCCUUCUCCAACCGUAAAACAAUGCUGGAGAUUCUGCAGGAAGAAUCCGAAGAAUCUUUCCAAAACAGAGCGAAAAGCAGAGCGAAAGAGAAAGAGAAAGAGAAAGACGAAGACGACAUCAGCUGGCAGCAGAUUCUCCUGAGUGGAAUGGAGGACAGAGAGAAGAUCCUCCUAAAGGAAUACACGACAAUCCUGAGGAACUACAAGGAGGUGAAGAAGAAGCUGAACGAGGUGGAGAUGAAAGAAAGGGACAGCCAGUUCGACACCACCCUACAGAUGAGAGAGCUGAAGAAGGCCAUCUCCAGAAGGGAUGAAGAAAUCAUCACUCUCCGCAGAAGGCUAAGCAGUGUGGAAGGAGACGCGAACCUCAAAGAAGACAACUUGCCCAUCUCAGAAGACGACGCCCUCAGCCAAGAAGGCGAGCUUCUCAGCCUCACCAAGGACAUCAAGGGCCCCCCCUUGACAGACGGCAACGACGACACAGGGGUUGUGUUCAUGGCCAAGAGCCCCUCCCUCUCGCGAGUGGAGGAGAAGCUCCGCACGGACAUCGACGCCAUACUGGACGAGAACUUGGAUUUCUGGUUCAGAUUCAGCACGGCAUUCCACCAGAUACAGAAGUUCAAGACGGAGGUGAGAGACCUGGAAGAGGAGAUGUCGAAACUGCGGGAGAAACGCAAGGCGGACACGCAGCUCAAGUCGGAGGUGGUGCCCAUCUUCAAGCACUUGAGGGACAUACAGAGGGAGCUGACGGUGUGGCUGGAGCAGAGCGCGCCGCUCAAGGACGAGCUGAGCAACAGGUUCUCGUCGCUCUGCACCAUACAGGAGGAGAUCACCAAGGCGCUCAAGGAGGGCGUGGAGGAGGAUGAGAUCAGGUUCAGCAGCCACCAGGCGGCCAAGCUGCAAGGGGAGGUGCUCAACAUGAAGCAGGAGAAUGAGAAGGUGAGGGAGGAGCUGGAGGCCGGCCUCGAUCACGUCAGCAUGCUCCAGCUGCAGAUCGACAAGACGUUAACGCUGCUCGAUGACGAGUUUGGCAUCUCCGAGCAGUCCGAGCACAGACAUAAAGUGCCUCUCAGAUCCUUCAUCUUUGGUAAUAAGUCCAAGAAGCCUAAGAAUUCUCUCUUCUCAUGCAUGCAUCCUAGUAGGAAAUACCAGGUCCUUAGAGCUGGGAUUCGCCUCUCCAAUCAUACUAAUUCUUCUUGAAAAUUCAACUCUACUGCAUUUUAUUCCUUAUUAUCAAACAAUAUUUUCUUUCUUCUUUCUUCCACUUGGACAGCAACUUGGUGUUUUUUGUCUUCAUGUUGCUAACUCUUGUUGUAAUAAACAUUCUCGCUUUUGCUGCUAA